CGUCAAAGUGUUCCUUCCUGCGCAACCCAUCCUGCUAUCCUUCAAUUCAUUGGGUCGCACCUUGCAGUUGUGUGACGUGGUUUGUACGAGACUUUCGGCGGCACAAGCGUCAAGUUGUGACUCUGACCUAGCGACAGGUUGCGGCGGCCUCUUCAGCCAGGUCAUUCGUCAUCAUGGCGUUCAACGCGACAGAUUUCUUGACAUCCGAGGAGUUCACCACGACCGUCACAAAGAGCAUCCAGGACGAGACUUUCGGCUGGAUUCCCAACAUCAACGCUGCUUUCGUGCUGACUGAUGGAUACUUCGUCUUCAUCAUGCAGCUUGGCUUUGCCAUGCUCACUGCCGGCUCGGUGCGCGCCAAGAGCGCCAAGUCGGUGUGCAUCAAGAACGUGAUGGAUGUGAUGUUUGGGGGCGUUGCUUACUACCUGCUGGGAUGGGCCUUUGCUUAUGGAGACAAGCAGGAGUGCGAUGCUGACGCUGUGUGCUCGAGUGUGGGCAACCCAUUCAUCGGCACAGAGCAGUUUGCCAUGGCCGGCACUCCCUCAACCUCCUUUCACACAUUCUACUUCCAGUAUGUGUUUGCCAUUUCCACAGCCACGAUUGUGUCCGGAGCCAUUGCAGAGCGAAUCCAGUUCAUAGCCUACGCCUUCUACGCCUUCUUCAUCUGCGCCUGGGUCUACCCCGUGCUGUCCCACUGGUGCUGGACUGCCUCUGGCUUUGCAUCCCCCACCAGGCUGGCCAGCCUCGGCCCCCUCCUCUUAGGCUCCGGCGUCUAUGAUACCGUCGGCUCAGGUGCUGUGCACAUGAUGGGGGGCGUUGCCGGGCUGGCAGGCGCGUGGGUUGCCGGCCCGCGCCUUGGCCGCUUCAACCCGACCACUGGAAAGCCGCAGCCCAUCCACGGCCACAACGCUGUCUACUACACCAUCGGAUACCUGCUGCUGGCGCUGGGCUUCUUCUGCUUCAACUCUGGCACCAUGGCUCAGAUCAUCGCUGUGGAUGGCACCAGCUUUAGCGGGGUGGUGGCUCGCUGCACAAUCAGCACCACAAUGGGCCUCUGCUUCGGUGGAAUCACCUCUGUACUUGUCUACCUGGCAUACUCCAAGUACACCACCGGCCACGCCGUCUGGGACUUGUUCUCAGCCGGCAACGGGUCCCUGAUGGGGACGAUUGUGAUCACCAGCGGCUGUGCAACGUUCGCUCCCUGGGCCUCAGCCGUCGGUGGCAUAGUUGGCGGUCUCAUGUACCUGCCUUCCUCCCUCUUCACGCUCCACGUCAUGAAGAUUGACGACCCAGUUGACGCCUUUGUGGUUCACGGCGUCGGUGGUGCUGCUGGUGUAAUCUUCUACGCCCUCUUCGCUGAGAAGGACCUGGUGACCGAGCUCUAUGGUCUCCUGCCGGACGGCAGCCAGCGCCACUGGGGAUGCUUCAUGGGAGACAAUGGCACUGUGCUGGCGGCCAACCUGAUAUGGGUCCUGCUUAUUGCUGGCUGGACCCUGGGCAUGAUGGUCCCCUUCUUCUACAUCCUCAAGCUCGCCGGCCUGCUGCGCCUGAGCCCCCAGGACGAGGAGGAUGGCCCCGACGCGAGUCACCACGGCGGCUCGGCCUACCCGGGCCUGGAGGAUGCUUAUGGCGACUAUGAGUCAUCCGCCAAGAACGGCAACGCCUACAAGGCCGUGGAGAACGGCAAGGGCGGCUCCCUCAACAACAAGAUCGCCAGCCUGGAGUCUGAGCUGGCGACCCUGUCAGCUAGAGUGAAGAAGAUGGAUGCUGUGGAAGCCUGAGCCCAGCUGCCACUGGCAACACAAUGACUAAAAAACUAAAAUGCGCAAGUCUAUUUUCCUUCAAGUGCCUUUACACAAAUUUAUGAUGAGGUGUGAAGUAUGACAAGUAAAGGUUGCAUGCCGCCGUGAAGGCCCCCUAUGUGGCUUCCCAGGCCGUGCCAUUUCAAGUGGUGUAUUAGAGCUAACCAACACUGACAUGGGAGUUUCUACCCCUGAAAUUUGUCCCGGCAUGAAGUCUGCAUUUGAAGGCCACUUUGGGACCCUACUUUUAUUAUUUCUUCAUUUGAUCACUGUCGGCGUCAGCCCUCGUAGGUAUUGAAUUUGCCUGCAUCUGCUGAGCAAAGGUAUUUCCAAUAUUUAUAUUCAUGUCAAUGCGAUGAAUAGGACAGCUGUACUAAAGCAGGCGAUUCUUGGAUGGGGUCAAGAAUUGUGCUGAGUCGUUGGGGUAUGGUGCAUGUGCUUACAUGCAGAGCGCCUGUUGGCCACUCGGUGGGUUAAGGCCCCUGCUCAAGGCAACAUGGAUAUCUAUAGAUUGCAAAGCUGUGGCUUUGAAUGUAAAAGAGACUGUUGCUGUUUGCAAAUGGAACUUGGAGGGGUAGGCUCACAUGUCUAUACGUGUAUGUCAGUAGCUGCCGUCUGCAGAAUCUGACAGAUGUAAUAGUUUUCUUUUAUUAC